AUGUCAACAACAAAUCCUACUGAUAUUACAACCCAGUGGGAGGAUCAACUUGUAAAGCGUGGAAUAUGGCAACCACGUAGUUGUGAAAUUAAAAAUGAAGAAAUAUAUGAACAUAAUAUUAAUGAAUUGAGUAAGCUUUCUGCUUUUGAUGUAGUGAAUAUAGAGCAAAUUGGUGAAUCUACAAGUUAUGAUGAUGAAGAAAUUGAUAGAGAAUUACAACUAAUUAGAGAAAGACGUCUAGCUUCACUUAAAAAAAAAGCAAUGGAAAAUAACAGAUUUGGGGAGUUAUACUUUAUUACGAAAUGUGACUUUGUAAAAGAAGUGUCAGAAGCAUCAAAAUAUGGAAUAUAUGUAGUACUUCACUUGUAUACCGAAUAUAUAGAAGAUUGCUUAUUAGUAAAUAAAAUAUUAAGUGAAGUUAUUGCACCGAAAUACAGUUCAAUUAAAUUUGUGAAAGGUAUAUCUACUAAUAUUAUUCCAAAUUAUCCUGACAAAUCUCUCCCAACAAUAAUAAUUUAUAGAAAUGGUACAAAAAUUACCCAAAUAGUAGGAAGUAGUAAAUUAAAAGAUGAAAGUUCAAGAAUAACCCCUAAUUCAAUAUGUAAAGUAUUGGAAGCUAAUAGUGUUUUCAAAGGUGAUGAUGAUAUUAAAGAUCAAACAAAUGAAGAUGAUUAUGGAAGAAAAUCAUUAUUUAUAGCCGAUUAUAGAUUCAAGAAUAAAAGAGACAUAAACAGUGAUAAAGAUGAAUUAGACAACUCAAAGUGCUAUAGCUCAAUGGAACUUAAUAAGCUCCACGAUAAAGUUAAGUAUGUAUUAAAUCAGUGA